AUGCACAAGGACCUCAAAGCAUCGAUACGGGCUUGUAUCGUCUGCCAACGGAGUUGGAUCCAGCGGCACAAUAAGGCUCCCAUUGGCAUCUUUCCCCGCCCUGGUGCCCAGUUUGAGUCUAACCUCUUCCAGUCUUUCCUCUCCUGUGUAGGCUGUAUUCGCAUUCGGACGACAGCCUAUCACCCGGCUGCUAACGGGAUGGUCGAGCGGUUUCACCGCCAGCUGAAGGCCUCCCUGCGCGCCGUGGCCGAUCCGGAGAACUGGAUGGAUCACCUUCCCCUGGUCCUCUUGGGCAUCCGCGCCGUUCUCAAUGCGGACCUUGACUGUUACUCAGCUGAACUGGUUUUCGGCGCCACCGUCCGACUCCCCGGUGAAAUGGUCUCUCCAACCCUGCGAGGUGCAGUUGAGGAUCCCACCUAUCUCCUGCAUCGCCUCUGGCAAUUUAUGCGGGCACUUUCUCCGAUUUUGCCCAGGCCGUCCACCUCUCCAUCUUAUCUCGAGAAGGACUUGACAACGUGCUCUCACGUCUAUCUUCGAUGUGAUCGAGUUCGCCGGCCUCCGGAACCGCCCUAUGACGGCGGAUUUCGGGUGCUCUCUCGAGGGAUAAAGACUUUCCGCAUUCAACUUGACAAUCGUGAAGAGAUCGUGAGUGUGGACCGUCUCAAGGCUGCCAUCCCGGACACUCCUCCGGAUGAGCCCUGUGGUCCUCUGCCUUCUGCUCCCCCACCUGCAGCCUCUAUUCCACCGUUUCGUAUUAUCCCUCUGCCCUCCUGUCCGCUACCUCCGACUGCCACCACUAACACCAACACUUCCGCCACCAGAUGUAUUCACUUUUUUACGGACCCUGUAUAUAUCACUCGCAGUACUCGUCACGUUCACUCUCCUGAUCGGUGGGUUACUCAUCUCUUUUAG